AUGCGCAGCCCACGCAGGGGAGGGAGCGUCUUCAAUGAAAGUGGCAGGGUCUUGCAAGGAGUGACUUGGUUUUACUGCGAGUGGUGUUAUGACGAAAUAAAGGAUCCCUGCAUGGUUCGCGGAGAAUGUCUUACACUACAGAACAAGUGGAGGCAGCUUUACAUCAGCUGUACCACGCCACACAGGGCUACGCCGAAGCAAAUCGUUAUCUCACGUUGUUUCAUGCGUCACCUGAGGCCUGGAGCAUAGCCUGGCAACUUCUGGACACGAACAAGGCCCACGAAGUCCAAUAUUUUGGUGCCAACACACUGCAUUUUAAAAUCUCGAGGCACUGGAAUGAAAUUCCCGAAGAUCAGUAUGGUGCGCUACGAACCAAGCUGCUGGAAACGAUGCUGCAAUAUUCAAAAGGGCCAAAGUUUAUUCUAACAAAAAUAAUAGUUGCUGUGGCAUCGUUCGCUAUUCAUGUGAUACCGAAUUUUUGGCCGUCUGCUGUCUCCGACCUUAUCGUUACAUUCCAGCCUUCAGUCGUGGGAAAUGUUCCGCCACUUGUGUUGGAGGACAUCCUGCUAGAGCUUCUGACUGUUAUUCCCGAAGAGUUGCAGAGCAGCGAACAAAGCAGCCGUAGCGCAUCACGUGCUGGCCUGGACUCUGCUUCGAACGUCGUCUUCGGCCUCCUGGAGAGCAGAGCCGAUAUGGGACACCGGGCAUUGCGCUGCUAUUCGUCGUGGGCACAGCUGUCACUGGACCCCGAACCACACCUACGUCUGCUUCCCCGUUUGAUGCAGGCCGUAACCGACCCAGAACUCUGUUGCGCCGCUUCCGAAGCAUUAACCAAUGUUGUCAGCCAUCCUGAUGCACAUCAGUUUCCAAACUUCAUCCUUCGGGUGGUCGAUAACCUGGCGCAGCUCAAAGAGUUCUUGAACAAAAUGGCAGCUUCAAAAGAAAUGGAAUUAUGCCAGGCAGUGUACGGGCUCCUCAUCGAAGUGGGUGAGAACCACUCGCGUCUCCUCGUCGACACCCUCCUCACCAAACCGCAGCAUAAGGACAAUGUCCUCACAAUCCUCAACCUCAUCCUGCAAUGCAGCGGAACGCCGGGGCACUUUCCGGUGGACGAGAGUUGCAGCCGUCAAGCUCUCGGAUUUUGGUAUGCCCUGCAAGAUGACGUGUCCGCCGCGGAGGGACCCCGCGCCGAAGCGCUGUUGUUGCUGCUGCAUCCCGUGUGGCAAGCCCUAGUGGACACGCUACUCCGUAAAGCACAACUACCACUCGACGACUCACACUGGGCAGAAGAAGAGAAGGACGCCUUACGUUGUUAUAGACAAGACAUCGGAGACUCCUUGAUGUACUGCUACAACGUCCUGCACGAGAGCAUGCUUGCAGGCCUGGUGGCGCACCUACAAGUUUCCGCAGACGCCGUUCGUAACGAUGCCACGAGAUGGCCGCAGCUCGAGGCCUGUCUGCUAGCAUUUCAGUCCGUUGCGGCAUCGGUGGACGUACAGGAAGACCGAUAUGUCGGUGCAGUCCUGGCAGGCGCACUCCCCGCGCUCCCCGCACACCCGAAGGUGACGCCAUCGGCCCUGGCGUGCGCAGGAGCAUACGGGGAAUGGUUGGCACAGCAUCCGCAGACCCUGCAGGCGUUGCUGCCAAUGCUGUUGGCGUCGCUGCAUACGAGCGAAGUUGCCCCAGCUGCAACACUCGCCCUCAAGGAUGUGGCACGGGAUUGCCGAGACACCCUGGGUCCCAUGGCGCAUCAGAUAUUGACUGCUGCGAGUGAAGCUCUGGCGGGAAGCGUCCUCGGAGAGCGUGAGCGGAUCCGCAUGAUGGGCGUAGUUGGACAUACGUUGUCAUCGGUUGAGAAGGGCCAAGUGGGACCGUGGCUGCAGGCUCUAGUGGGGCCCCAGAUCCGUAUCCUGCAGGACACUGUAGCUCAGGAUCCGACCUCGGGGACCCUCUCGCACGUGCUGCUGCGGCUCAACAUGCUCACGAUGCUCUUCUCUACGCUCGACACUCAAGGGGAAGAUGAAGAAUGUGGUCAACGAGACAUGUUGCCCGUUGAAAUGGUCAUCCAGGAACUUGGACCGACACUUGUGUCCUUGUCGGAAAAGUAUGCUACAGAUGAGCGUGUUGUUGAGACCCUGUGUGAGUGCUUACGGAAAGCUUCUUCCGGUCUUGGCCCUGAACAUGCCUGGGACACCCUCGCACUUCUAGUUUCGUUGUACAGCAGGAACCCGCAGGCUCCGAUCUUAGAAGCGUGCCAGCAGCUUUUCCUACUGGCUGGACCGCAGGACACUCGCAGUACCGAGGCACUUUCUGUGCUCUGCAGCACCACGCUGGCAACUGCAGCUGCUUCACAGAAUGAUUUUAGGGAGCAUACAGUCAUUUUAGAGGCAUUCUUCCAAAUGCUAGCUCAUGUGGUCAGAAAGUUGACUGCAGUACUCAACACAAACAAGAUAGACCUUUCCACGUUGUUCAUCUGCGCUGCGGCAACCAUAAUGCUUCCGGAGAAGCCAACAGUCAAGUCAGCCGCACAGUUCCUAGGCGAAUUUAUAUUGCGGAGUAGAGAGUACCCCGAAAUGCUCAACGUCGUCAACAAUCACGGAGGGCUGCUGACUGAGCAAAUUAUCAGGGUAAUCGGCAGCGGAGAGUCUCCGCGAUCUGUGGUCGAGCCCAUGGCGGACUUGUUGCUCAUCUUGAACAAGAAAUACUUCGACAAUCUAUGUCGGUGGCUCUCCGCACUCGUGCAGCGACCAGACUUUCCGAGUUCACGCGCCACAGCUUCUGACAAAGAACACUAUGUUCGGCUUAUGAUCAAAGAACGUGCAAACAAGAGACGUAUGCGAGAAAUCGUUGCAGAGUUCAGCCUCCUCUGCCGAGGGCUCAUCGGUACGGAGUAUGCGGCGCAGACUUUCAAGGGCUUCUGAGCCAAGUCUAUGGCCAAAGAUGUCUAUGACAAACGUGUAACUUUAUUUGUACAUAGCUACGCACUCCCCCAAUGUAUAAAACAGACGCUAUACAACCACC